AUGGGACCCAUGAUGAUGGCCACAUCUUUCGAUCACGAUGGCAUUGCUAGUAGUUACGCGUCUGAGACACCAGAACAAGAUGCUCGUUCUAACCUAGAAUUUAAAUUGCAAAAUAUGAUCGCUUUACUGUGGCAAGCCGCUGUGGCUGUCUAUGAUUCUCAGGCGAAUAGCAAUGUUUUGAGUGACCUUUUCACGCAUUACGUGAAUGAAUUAAAUGACUUGGAAAACACCAAUGAAUUGAUAAAUAUCCAGGUGCCAAUUGAAGCACUCGAAUGCCUUGAAGAGGGAGGUAACCCACAAUUAUUAUUAACCGAGUACUUAGAAGAAGUAAUGGCACAAGAACAACAAAUGAAGGCGAAAACCAAUUCAGUUAAGAGCUUCAAAAGUGAAUUAGAGCAAGCGUUACUAUCGUCUGAUGUCGAUAUCGAUGACGAGUACGUGUACGAACCAAAUGGAGGGACAAGCAGUGAUACUAUAAAUGGCCAUUGA